GGUACGGUUCAUGUAGCUCGACAGCGAAGAUACUGGGCUAGGUGGCUUUAUUUACGAUUAAACAGUUAGAUGUAUUCAAGACAAAUAUAGUAAUGAUAACCCCAGAUAUUCGUUUUUUCUGAAAGCUCCGGAACGGAAGUUGAAUAUGUAGCAUUGUGCUAUCUGAAGUAAAGAUUGAAGACGUGAAAGCAGAUGAACCACCGCUAUGCUAAGAUGGCGACGUCCAGUCAAAGAGAAGGUGGAAGAGAAUCAGCGCCACCAACUCCCAGCAAAUCAUCAACGGAGAAAAAGCCCCAAACUGCAGAUAACGACGUCCAACAUCUGAUUGGUCCUCAAGAAGAACAUCCUACUCAGCCGCAGGGGGGGAACUCCACAUUGAAGAAGGAGGAUUCACAGCCCCCCCACAUUAAAAAGGAAGAUGAGGAACUCAGGAUCUCUCCAGAGAGAAAGUGUCUUCUAGGGCCGGAAGAGGCUGAUCUCCCCAAGUUGCCACUGACUGUUGUCUGUGUGAAGACUGAAGACCAUGAAGACAAACCACCUGAGUCCUUACAUUGGUUGUGUCCUUCCGACGUCCAGCAGCUGAUUGGUCAUCAAGGACAUCAACCCCGUCAACCACAGGGGGGGAGCUCCACUUUGAAGCAGGAGGAGUCACAGCCCCCCCCAUUUAAAGAGGAAGAGGAGGAACUCUGGAUCACUCAGGACAGAGAGUGUCUUCUACCCCUCAAGAAGGCUGAUCUCACCAAGUUGCCACUGACUGGGACAUCCCUGAGCAGGGAGGCAGACUGUGAAGACGUCCAGCAGCUGAUUGGUCCACAAGAAGAUCAUCCCACUCAGCCGCAGGGCGGGACCUGCACUUUAAAGCAGGAAGAGCCACAUUUCCCCCACAUUAAAAAGGAAGAUGAGGAACUUAGGAUCACUCCAGAGAGAAAGCAUCUACUCGGGCUGGAGGAGGAUGAUGUCACCAAGUUCGCUGGUGCCUCUGUGAAGACUGAAGACCAUGAAGACAAACUACCUGAGUUCUUACGUUGGUUGUGUCCUUCAAACGUUCAGCAGCUGAGUGGUCGUCAAGAAGAACGUCCCCCUCAGCUGCAGGGGGGGAGCUCCACUUUGAAGGAGGAGGAUUCCCAGCCCCUCCACAUUAAAAAGGAAGAGGAGGAACUCUGGACCACUCAGGCGGGAGAGCGUCUUCUCUGGCCAGUGGAGGCUGAUCUCACCAAUUUGCCACUGCCUAGUGUGUCUGUGAAGACUGAAGACCAUGAAGACAAACCACCUGAGUCCUCACAGCUUCAACACAGUCCGAAUGAGAACAGAGGGGCGAAGCCUCCAAGCAACAGAUCACCACAACACAUGACAACAGAAGCUGAUGGAGACCACUGUGGAGGAUCACAAGCAGACAAGCUCUUAGCUCCACUAUCAGAUAGUGAUGACACAACAUCACACUCUCCUCACGAUGAAGACUGGGACGGCACACAAGGGUCAUUGAGCAACGAUACAGACUGUGAAGGUGAUAUGAAGACUCAAACCGACAACAAACACCCUGAAUGCUCUAAAAAGAAGACGGGUAAAAAAUGUGUGACCUGCUCAGUUUGUGCAAAAAACUUUUUUUCUAAGAGAGAUUUGACUCGACACAUGCUGACACACACAGGAGAAAAACCCUUUAGUUGCUCAGUUUGUGCUAAAAGCUUUCCUUUUAAGUGGAAUUUGAGUCGACACAUGCGGACACACAAAGGAGAAAAAUCCUUUAGUUGCUCAUUUUGUGCUAAAAGCUAUUCAUCUCAGGGUGAUCUGACUCGACACAUACGGACGCACACAGGGGAAAAACCUUUUAGUUGCUCAGUUUGCGGUAAAAGCUAUUUAUCUAAGCGUGAUCUGACUGGACACAUACGGACACACACAGGAGAAAAACCUUUUAGAUGCUCAGUUUGCGAUAAAAGCUUUUCUUUGAAAUGUAAUUUGAGUCAACACACGUUGAGACACACAGGAGAAAAACCUUUUGAUUGUUCUGUUUGUGGUCAAAGAUUCUGUCGAAAGUCACAAAAGGUAUUACACAUGAGAAAGCACACAGGAGAAAAACCUUUUGGUUGCUCAGUUUGCGUUAAAAGAUAUUCAUUUAAGGGUGAUUUGACUCGACACAUGCUGAUACACACACAACAAAAGUCUUUUAUUUGCUCAGUUUGCCCUAAAAGGUUUUUAUGUAAGAGUAAUUUGACUCGACAUAUGCGGACGCACAUGGAAAAACCCUUUGUUUGCUCAGUUUGUGGUAAAGGCUUUUUAUAUAAAGGUGAGUUGACUCAACACAUGCUGGCGCAUACAGGAGAAACACCUUUUGGUUGCUCAUUCUGUGAGAAAAGCUUUUCUUCGAAGUGGUCUUUGAAUCGACACAUGCAGACACACACAGGAGAAAAAAUGUUUGGUUGUUCUGUUUGUGGUCAAAGAUUCUUUCAAAAGUCACAAAUGGUGUCCCACAUGAGAAAGCACACAGGAGAAAAACCUUUUGGCUGCUCAGUUUGCGCUAAAAGCUUUUCAUAUAAGGGUGAUUUGACGCGACACAUGUUGACGCACAUGGGAGAAAAACCCUUUGGUUGCUCAGUUUGUGCUAAAAGAUUUUCUCAGAAGUGUCAUUUGACUCAACACAUGCUGACACACAGGAGAAAAGCAUUUUAGUUGCUCAGUAUUGUGCUAAAAGCUUUUUGGGGGGAUAUAAUUUAAUGCAUAUUUAUUAACGUGUUGUCUAUAAAAUACAACAUAUAUAACUGAGGGUUUUCCUACUGACACUGUGAAAGCGUAACAUGUCUAAAUUGUUUGACUUCCAACAAUAUCAAAUUAAAAGCACACAACGAAUACAGGCUCACCACUGGUAUAAGCCUGGAGCUUCUUAUCCAGAGAUAAGAUUAUCCCAUCGUUCGUGGAUGUGUGGGUAACAGCCAGUAUCCUAGCAUGAAUUAACUUGACGUGGCAUAAGUAUGAACACAAGCACUCAAUACACACAUAAUAGCGUCAUCAAAGGUCACCUUUAGGCAUUCACACACAGCAGCAGUGUUUGAAAACAACAACGUGGUGAAAGAAGAACAGGAAAAAUAUAAAUGUCUGAUUUGUGGCAGUAUCCGAGAAACGUUCACUUUGUCUCCGAGCACACAACUGUGGUGCCUUCAAGGACUGGUGGUGGGAAUAGGUCCUGUGGGAAACAAUAAAACUAAAUGACACAAGCAUGAUCUCUUUAACAGUGUAUUAUUUUUCCAAUAAAAUAAUAGCUUUUAUUCCCAAAAUUGAUAUGCUUUUAAAUAAAAUUCAAUGUAAUUAUUCACAAAACAGUUUUUUAAAACGUCAUUAUUAUUAACCAGUUUAGUGCAAACACAGAUAACUUCAGCAUAUAAACAACCUCUAGCAAGCAACUCUGACCGGGCCAAAGCAGUAACACAUGGUAUUGGAGUUUUUAUAGCUACGAGAUUAGAUCCAUAUUAUGUUGUUGAGAGCGCUGGCUUUAAGUACAGUGAUGGAAAAAAUGAUUUCUUCAGUUUCUUGUUCAUUUUGUCCAUGGAUCAAUAAACUGACGAAACAAGGGCGGUCUAAUCAUUUUUCCAUGACUGUAUAUGAUUAAAGUUGUUGAACCUCGCUACGAAAUACCAUCAUGUCCUCACGUUAGCCAGAAAGUUAUACCAGCCCUUUAUGAAAAAGUGAUGUUGUUAAUGAGCUAUCAUGUGUCCGCUAUUUCUCUUAUGACAGAUUGUUGGACUUCA